CACAGCAUCAGCAGAGACACAGAGAACAUUCAAGGAUCCUACUCCAAACAUGAGUUCCAAGCAGAGACGAAGAAACUGCUGGAUAUUGUGGCCAGAUCACUGUAUUCUGAGAAAGAGGUGUUCAUCCGAGAGCUCAUCUCAAACAGCAGCGAUGCGCUGGAGAAACUGCGGCACAAGAUGAUCACAGCAGGAGGAGAUACAGCACCAAUGGAGAUCCACCUGCAGACAGAUGCUGCCAAAGGCACCUUCACCAUCCAGGACACGGGUGUUGGGAUGAACAAUGAGGAGCUGGUGGCUAAUCUGGGCACUAUUGCUCGAUCGGGAUCAAAGGCUUUUCUGGAUGCUCUUCAGAAUCAAGCGGAGGCCAGCAGCUCCAUCAUCGGUCAGUUCGGUGUGGGCUUUUACUCCGCCUUCAUGGUGGCUGAUAAAGUGGACGUUUAUUCUCAGUCAGCAGAACCAGGCUCUCCUGGAUACAAGUGGUCCUCAGAUGGGUGAGAAAAAUCAGAAGACAGAUGAAUUUAAUAACAGUUUUAGGAAUGUGCUUUUUGUAUUCAUGCU